UUUGACAUCUAGAUACAAGGUGUGUGUGGACAGGAGGUGAGGGGACGAGUGUGUUUGCAGAAAGAGAUCGGGAUGAAGCGACACCAUGAGAAGUUAUCUAUCUCUUUGAUGAUCACUCUCUUCUGUUUGGGGAGCCUGCUGACCACUGCCUUCUGGACCAUUUCGGACAACAGCCAUCUUGUACCAAGUAGACCACCUUCACCCAAGAAAAUCCCCCCUUGGCCCUCUGACCUUUGCAAAGGAUGCAGGGCGCUCAUUGAAAAAGUAAGAGAACGCUACUCAAAAACUUGGAAGAAGCAAGAAGAUAAUUACAGAAACCUCAGCUCUCAACUGAGAAGUCAGUGCCAGGGAUUUGACAGGGCCAUCAUUACCCAGGCCAACACUCCAGUGGGAUCAAAUAUUGUGUACGCUGUGGAAAACAAGAAGACCCUCAAGGUGACUCCAGAGAUUUUCAGCACCUUCAUAAAGGAGAAUCCAUUUCCAAAGAAAAAAUGGGACACGUGUGCUGUUGUUGGGAACUCAGGGAUUCUGACAAACAGCAGCUGUGGAGAGAUGAUCGAUUCGGCUCAGUUUGUUAUCAGAUGCAACCUACCUUCUUUGGGAAAAGGCUAUGAGAAACAUGUGGGCACCAAGACUGACCUUGUGACAGCCAACCCAAGCAUUAUGCUGAAGGAGUUUGGAGAUCUAAUGGGGCCACGCCGUCCAUUUGUGGAGAGUCUACAUAGCUACGGCAAAUCCAUGAUGGUUCUUUCCCCCUUCACCUAUGCACACACCACUCCGGUGUGCCUGAGGGCAGUAUACAGCAUUAGGGACUUUGAAAGUCCCAUUCAGCCCAUGUUCUUCAACCCUGAUUACUUCCAGAGUCUGGCCCUCUUCUGGCGCUCCAGAGGCCUAACCAGAGGCCUACUCAGCACCGGCUUAGUGAUGGUUAACAUAGCGCUGGAACACUGUGCCAACGUGCAUCUGUACGGUUUCUGGCCCUUCAGUAAUCAUCCAUUUGAACUCAAUGCCGUGAAAAACCACUAUUACGAUGAUAAAAAAGGUAAAUGGACUGUCCACUCCAUGCCUGCUGAGUUUGACCUGUUGUUGCAGCUGCACAGUCAAGGUGUGCUCAGGCUUCACCUGGGGAACUGUCGACCGGGUAGAAAUGAGUUCUCAGGUCCAGAGACAGAUGAGACUGGGCAUCUGAAGAAUCGAGACAUUUCCUGGUGGACUGAGGGUUGAUCUCAGAAUUUGUCUCUAAACUAUGCCUUUUCAAUCCAAUCCACUCACUCUCCCCCCAUAUUAGUUCCUAGACCCUCUGAGCAGAGGGCUAUACCAGAAGGUGCAUAGGAUAUAUUGUCACUUACACCAAUUAAUACAUUUGAUAAAUAAUUAGGAUCUCAACUUUGAUAAAUAGUCAUUAGUAUUGUCAUUUUGGCCAUAAUAAUAGUCAUAAUCAUCUUUUACUUUUUCCAGCAAAAUUGCAAGGAAAUGGUUAUUCAAAAUAUAACUUUCAGUCAUGGAAAGGUUUCGAUAUUUGAAAAGAUGUGUGUUUACUGACACAUUGUGAGAUGUAAAGGAAUUUCAGUUAGAUACAAAUACAUAAAUAUGUAAUAUUCACUCUGAAAUGUUGUGAUGGAAUAGUAUAAAGUUGCAUGAAAUGGAAAUACUCAAGUUCAUCAAAAUUGUACUUAAAGGUGGGGUAGGUAAUUCAUUUCAGAAACACUUUUUGUUAUAUUCCAUGGAAUGCUCUUAACAUCCCGAUAGCAAUGAA